AUGCCCACGUGCGACGGCGCCGGCCUUUUUAGCUCCGCAGACCACGCGGCCAAUAAUGUCUCCAGUAAAGCCCAGCCCUUGGCCAAGCUUGCGCUGGAUAUGAGCAAGUACCUCAAAACACAAGGUCUAGAAUCCGUCAUCGCCCAGCACCUCGCCGAGGCAAAGGAGGGAGCACCCCUCUCUGACUACCACGGGACUGUGCUAGCCGAGCUGGUCCGUCUGCACCUUGCACCCAAAGUGCCCUGCCAAUCUUUCUUUUCAGUGGCUCCAGGCCAGCCUUUCCGCCUGCAAGUUCUCAAGAGCAUAGCAGUGGCCCUGCAAGACAGGGACAAAGACCUGCCCGACCUCCUCGCGGAAGGUGUCCCCACUGGAGCCUUCGAACCGCUGCCCAGCAGCCACCAAUGGGUCCAGGUCCAGCACUCUUUGGACUCCGACGCAGAUUUCUCUGGUCCCGCACUGGAGCACUGCAGGGAACUGGCUCGCCGCAGAACAGGUACUCUGCACCGCAUCGCCCCGGCGGUCUGGCAGCAGUUCUACGACGCCCUCGACAGCUCAGCCAGGUCGGCCCCGCGCAUGCACUGCCUCAGUGCCGCAGACGCCUUUGCGGACAAGGAUCGCGUGGGCAUAGGUGGCUGGCUCAGCACUGCACAGCAUUUCAUCUGGUACAGUGAAAUCUUCACCGCGGAGCAAGUCCGCGCUGAGUGGCCCCAGCUUACAGCCCUGGCUCAGUGCUCCUGGCAACUGCUGCGUGCUCGGCAUGUGCGUUUUGUGCUGCCUACUGCCAGCGACAAUACCAGCGCUGAGGCCGGUUUGAAUAAGCUCUUCAGCACCGCCGAACCGCUCGGCACCUUCCUGCGCCUCGCCGCUACGUGGGCCCACUUGCACCGCGUGCAGUUUCAAGUCGAGCACCUUGCAGGAGAGAAGAACACUUGGGCCGAUGCCCUCAGCAGAGGUCGCAUCGCUUUCAUUAAGCAUCGAAGCGCCGAACGCACUCGGGUCUCGCUGACUCAACUUGCUUCCGCUUCGCACAGCGUCUCCCUGCACGGUGCUGCUACCGCAUGGCCCGUGCUGUUGCAAGAUGCUACUAAAGCCAUGCUGCGAUAG